CCCCCUACACCACCCACCCAUUCCCACCAGAAGCUUCUCUGAUUCCAGACGCAACCCAGGACAGGAGCGAGAGAGAGGGAGAGGAGGGGAGGGAGCGCGCUGCGGGAGAUCGGAAGCCUAGCUAGGGUUUGAAGCGGUGGCCUGCGGAGGCGGAGAUGUCGACGCCGGCGAGGAAGCGGCUGAUGCGGGACUUCAAGCGGCUGCAGCAGGACCCGCCCGCCGGGAUCAGCGGCGCGCCGCACGACAACAACAUCAUGCUCUGGAACGCCGUCAUAUUCGGGCCUGAUGAUACGCCGUGGGACGGAGGCACGUUCAAGCUUACCUUACAGUUUACAGAAGAUUAUCCGAACAAGCCACCCACUGUUCGGUUUGUCUCCAGGAUGUUCCACCCAAAUAUAUAUGCAGAUGGAAGCAUCUGUUUGGAUAUCCUACAGAACCAGUGGAGCCCUAUAUAUGAUGUUGCUGCCAUAUUGACUUCUAUUCAGUCCUUGCUGUGCGAUCCAAACCCGAACUCUCCAGCAAACUCCGAAGCUGCCAGACUGUUCAGCGAGAAUAAGCGAGAGUACAACCGCAAAGUUCGUGAGAUUGUGGAGCAGAGCUGGACAGCCGACUAGUGCUGGGCAAAGGAAGGGUGCAGUAAGCAACUGCACAAAAAAACCCUGUGUUUCUGGCUCGCCAGACUCGUCCCCCCUUGAAACAUUGAAGAACUCUUGAAGAACUCUAGUGAUUGCUUGUAGUCCGUCGUGUUUUUGUGUUGCGAUCCGAGUCCCAGUUACCCAAUGGUUGUUUAAUGUAGUGUUGUUGUCGACCUAUCUUAUGCAUUAAAAGAUCCUGCUUAUGUACAGAGUUAUAGCGUUGAAAUGGUUUUCUAAACUAAUCAAGUCUCGUUGCUCUUGCCUAUA